AUUUUUAUGAUGUAUUACAAUGAUGAUGUUCUUCGAGCUAUGGUUGGAGGUAUAGGAAAACUCGUUAAGGUGGACCUUAAUGCUUCUCAAGUGAUAAGAGGACAACUUGCUCGAGUCCGUGUUGAGAUCGACUUGAGCAAAUCGUUAAGGAUUACAAGGAAGACCUUUGCUCGCCUAGAUGGAAAGGAAAAAUCUUAA